AUGGCUACCGAAGCAGGCGAUGAGGAUUCCAAAAUAUCCAUCACACCUCUUCUCAAACGACUGUGGCAUGAGUCACCGACGACCAAACCGACAGCCGACGAGAUUGCAGCAGCCCUCUCCUUGAUCUUCACAAACAGUCUAUCCGAAGUUCAGACUGGAGCGUUGUUGACAUGUCUCCAUUUCACGGACCAAGACAGACAAGCAGAAGUAUUGGCGAAAUGCUCAAAAGCGAUGCGCGACUAUGCUACAGGCAUUGAUGUCAAGGGUCUUCAAGAACUGAUCAGUCAACGAGGAAGGAAAGAGGGUUCCUACCAGGGAGGUUUGUGCGACAUAGUCGGUACAGGAGGUGACUCCCACAACACUUUCAACAUCAGCACUACUUCGUCCAUCCUCGCCAGUGCUCUACUCAUGAUCGCAAAGCAUGGCAACAAAGCAUCGACCUCACGUUCUGGUUCAGCAGAUCUCCUGUCUUGCGCACCCCCUAAACCACCGGUCAUCACCGCCAUCGCACCCAAGACCAUCUACGAAAUCUACUCAAAGACAAACUACGCUUUCCUAUUCGCCCCAAUCUUCCACCCUGGAGCCAGACACGCUGCUUCCAUCCGAAGGCAACUGGGCUGGCGCACCAUCUUCAACCUUCUCGGACCCCUCGCAAACCCGCUACACGACUUGAUCGAAGCGCGCGUACUGGGUGUAGCAAGAAAGGAGAUUGGACCCGACUUCGCCGAGUCGCUGAAGCAAUCUGGCUGCAGAAAAGGCAUGAUCAUAUGCGGUGACGAGGAGCUGGACGAGCUCUCGUGCGCUGGACCAACGCACUGCUGGCGGUUGGUUGAAGAUCCCUCUACAGGGGAAACCAACAUCAACUACUUCACUGUAACACCAGCAGACUUCGGACUACCCGAGCACCCACUGAGCGAAGUCAGUCCUGGACAAUCGCCCGAACAGAACGCCCAGAUUUUGAUGAAGAUCCUAAUGGGCGAGGUUCCACCGGAUGACCCAAUCCUACACUUCGUCUACAUCAACACCGCGGCGCUGUUCGUCGUCAGUGGUAUCUGCGAUGCGGACACGAGCGACAUGGGCGAAGGUGAUGAUGGGAACGUCAACAAGGAGGUCGGCCCAGGAGGUGGACGCUGGAAAGAAGGUGUCCGGAGAGCCAAGUGGGCAAUCUCGAGUGGAGCGGCGUACAAUGAGUGGCAAAAGUUCGUCGAAGUCACGAACAAGGUGGCAUAG